UUUUACAAUUUAAUUAAACAAACAAGAAAAAAAACUCAGUCUUGUCUCUCACAAAGUUCCUCUUUUAAUCAAAUUGUUUUAGCCUCUCAAUCCUCUAUAUAUUCAAUCGAAACAGAAGGCAUUUUCAAUUCAAACACUUCUCAAUUAUUCUCUCAUACACACAAAAUCAUAGAUAGAUCAAAACAGGGGCGAUCUGAUAAACACACCACACAAGAAAAAUUAAAUGAUGUCUAAGUUAAAUAAUAUGUCAAUUCUUUUAGUAAUUGGUUUUGCUGCAGCAAUACUACAAAGCACAGAAGCAACAGAUCAUAUUGUAGGAGGUUCUACUGGUUGGAUUAGUUCACCUCCUGCUUCGUUUUACUCCAACUGGGCCUCUAAUAUCACAUUCAGAGAAAACGAUGUCCUAGUUUUCAACUUUGUCGCCGGAGCCCACACGGUUGCUGAACUUAACAAGGCAAACUAUGACAGCUGCAACUUGAGUCAACCUAUCCAAGUCAUAGGAACAUCACCAGCAAAAAUCACCUUGAACAAAACUGGAGAAUUCUAUUUUUCAUGUUCCUUCCAAGGCCAUUGUAGUAGUGGCCAAAAGCUAAGCGUUAAAGUCAUUUCCUCUUCACCUGCUCCAGCAAAUCCUCCUUCACCAACUAAUGGUCCUUCUCCUCCACCAUCUGGAACCACACCUUCUCCUCCACCAUCUGGAACCACACCUUCUCCUCCACCAUCUGGAACCACACCUUCUCCUCCACCAUCUGGAACCACACCUUCUCCUCCACCAUCUGGAACCACACCUUCUCCACCAUCUCCUACCCCACCUACCAACGGUGGUUCACCACCUCCGUCGUCUCCAACUCAGCCUGAUGCGACUCCUCCAUCAGAGGGCUCAGCCACCACCCUCUUUGCGACUUUCUCUAUUCUUAUCGCUCUUGUCAUAAACUUAUUGUUUUAGACUUCAGCUUUUUGGAAGGGUUGCUAAUGUGCUAUAGUUUUUAUCAGUAGACAUGUUCAUAUGUUAUUUCAAUUUCUCUGUUUGAUGUUCUUUUCUUUAGUUUAUGGUAUACAUACAUGGUGAGAGUUCAUUGUUAAUUAGUCUUGAUUUUGUAUCGGAAUAAAUUUGUUUCAUUGCUAGAGAUUUGAUUGUUUCGGAGGUGUUAAUAUAUGGAUUAAUAAAUUUGUUUAAUUUCUAGAAAGUAGAAA